AAGUGCAAAACACACUGCUGCUGUUUUUGUUCUUCGGUUUUUCAAUUGUUGUUAAAAAACUGAUGAUGAACGACUCGUGUCCAGAAGAUGAAACCACCUGCAGGUUUGACGGAAGUGUCCUCCUUUACGUUCUGCCUCCAGUGCUCCUUGUGGAGUGUUUGCUGGCCACCUUGGGCAAUGGGAUUGCCCUGUGGAUCUUCUGCUUCCAUCUGAAGCCCUGGAAGACCAGCACGGUAUUCCUCUUCAAUCUGGCCCUGGCGGAUUUCCUCCUCAGCAUCAUUCUCCCUUUCCGCACCAGCUACUACGUGAGGGGCAAGGACUGGAUCUUCGGAGACGUCUUCUGCCGCAUCUCGCUGUUCAUGCUGGCGAUGAACCGCGGAGGCAGCAUUCUGUUCCUCACGGCGGUGGCAGUGGACCGCUACUUCAGAGUGGUCCAUCCCCACCACCCGGUCAACUCCAUGUCCAUCGCCAAGGCUGCCUGCUUUGCUUGUGCUCUCUGGGCUCUCGCCAUAGCGAUGACAGUGUACCUCCUGACAAUGCCACACCACUUUUGUUUCGAAAACGCAACACACUGCGAGAGCUUCACGACGAUCACACAUCACGGCUCCGACAGCGUGUGGCACGAGGCUCUGUACUUCUUGGAGUUUGUGGUGCCUUUGGCUGUUACCUUGUACUGCUCCUUACAAAUCAUCUGUCAGCUUAAGGGCAGACAAGUGGGCAAACAUUCAAAGAUCAGGAGAGCUGUCUAUUUCGUCGGUGCGGUGGUGAUGGUGUUUGUGAUCUGCUUUUUCCCCAGCAAUGUCACCAGGCUGGUCAUCUGGGCCAAAAAGGCUCAUCACAUUGAGGACUGUGACUCCUAUAAAUCCCUGGACGAUGCCUUCUUCAUCACGGUCAGCCUGACCUAUUUCAACAGUGUGCUGGACCCUGUGGUCUACUACUUUUCCAGCCCCACGUUCAAGAGGAUAUACAGAGCUGCUGUGAAAGGAAGUCUUCACAGGCAAGAUAAAGAACAUGAAGAACCUGGUGUUGAAAAGAUGGUAAAACAAUCAGAGGACUGGACCACUGAAUCUAAUCAGCCUGCCCAGUCAACCCAGACAACAAACAACACAUUAUGGAGCAGGAGGAAACUGGAGCACCCAUGCAAACUCAGGGAACAACCUGGAAAUUCCACACAGAUAGAACCCCAGGUCUAG